AUGGACUCGGUCGCGCCCGCGUUAGAACGACGCGAGACCAAGAGGCAACGGGCGGAACCAAACAAACUACAGCGCCGACCCCGAGCGUAUAGCUUUUCACCCGGUCGUCACGAUUCCAUCCGUAUCGGCAGGAAACAGAGCACUAGGACCAAGCGGGGGGGAGAAACCCCGGGAGCCGAUCGCGGUAUGGGUGCCGUACAUGAUGAAAUGCUGCGACGUGCCCCGACGCUUCAUGGCAAGAGAGACGGCGAUCAUCUACCCCGAAAACUGUCAAGCAAAAAGCGGCAGAAAAAAGAUCAUCAACGCGAGGCCGAGAUCAAGGCAUUGAGCGCCUUUGCACCGCUUCGCCCUGUCGCUGAGGAUUGGAUGUUCGGGCGCCCAGUGAAAAAGGAGAGCAGGAGAACCAAGCUAGGGUUCGGCGGAGGCUUCAAGAACCCUGAAUGGGAGAGAUACAACCGUUCAUCAGACAUCUCGUUACCUGUUCAGGAAUCCAUAGAUACCGGGAUGUCCUCGGAUUCCGAUUACAUUUCCUACAAAGUUUCCGCUUUGGAAGCUCUGGCUCCACGACCGACCCUGCGCUAUACCACCAAUACAAGGACCGGAGGGUGCGUUCGCGAUGGCACGGGAUUGCUCAGGCGCCCUUCCCAGCAAAAGAAGCUGUCCACACCAUACCCUGAGGCCACGCUCAAAGCACACAAACGAGUUGACAGCCUCGCGGAUGAGCUUAGCGCGAGUGAUCUGCGUGAGCUUAUGGAACGGGACCGGCGAAGGCGGGAAAGGAAGAGACAACUUGACCAGGAAAAGUUGGAACAAAAAAUUGCAAGGCGCGCUGAGAAGCAAAAGGCUGCCGAAGAUGAGGCACAGAGGCAUGGCAGAGAAUCGCCUCCAAAUCUGGAGAGGGGUAUCCUCGGCCGCGAAGGUGUUGGCUUGGGCAUUGACCCCGCCUCCGCCGUCGUCACAUCAUCCAAAAUACGGCGCUCGGUGGAUCCGGCAGAGCAGCAGGGUGAGCUCGCGAACGAGAAUGACAACCAGGUGAUUCGGGACACGGACGUGCAACACCCGCUGGCAGCAUUCCAUCGAGUAGACAGCAUUCCGGCCCCUGCUCCUCAAACUCCGGAGCCCCGGGACCAGCCUAUCCCGGCGUCUGCAAGUAUCGUGACGAAAGGAUCCAUUCGCAGAAAGCUGUCUCGUUCUAAAUCACCACAGGAAUCGGAAGCAAGAACAGAACGGUCGGAGCCAGCGCAGAAGGGGUCCGAGACUAGCAGCUCCAGAGGCGCACUUUGGACCUCGUUUUUCCGGUGGGCCAACCGUCGUAGGCGCAAUUCCGGGGGUCCGUCGUCGUUUUCAAACACAUCUCGCGAUUCGAUGCAAACGACACCGGUGCCAACGCCGGUGCCUGCACCGCACCUUAACCCUGCGCCUCGCCGUCUCAAUUCUGGGAUGCCGAAACGGACCAUGUCCCGCUUUCGCGAAGACCUCCCAGAGUUGCCCAUUUCCCCCCCUGCGUCUAGGUUACAAUCGCCAGAUGUUAUCGACCCAAUUGUUGAGACAUCGCCCGACUUGCACCAAGGCGACACGGAUGUAGUAGCUACUCCUCCGGCCGUCGGUGCAAGAUACGACACGCCUGUAUCAGAACAGCGGUCAGUCGAGGCACCGCAACAAACACCUUCCACCUCUAGCCAACCGGAUGAGCCUGGUGUCUCCCCCGAACCGCAGGCAAUGUCGCUAGCGUCCAUUGACUCUGAAGGCUCUUGGUUUUCGGGGAGGUUAUCCCGAAAGCGAAAGUCAUCAGGGAUUAUGCAACAUGCAUCAGGUCUGCAACUACGCCGGCAAACGCCAGAACCAGAUAGUGAGCGUCCUUAUGGCCAUGAAAACCACAACGAGGAUAUGGCCAUCAUCGAGGACGACUACUUAUCUCGGCUUGCGCCUCCGAGCGGGGACCGCUCUGGCUGGAAUCGCAAGUCUACGGGCGAGGCAAGACCGUCAAGCGACUGGGAAGACGAGCCUCAUUGGGGCAGCGUCAGGGGCCAGCAGCCCACGGUUGUUCAUGCUCAAGCGGUCGGCAGAAUGAGGAGCCGCGAGGGCCUGCUCAAUUCCUUUGACGAAGAGGGCGAGAGUGGCCCGGAACCCGCCAGCCCAGAUGGUGAUGACACCGCUGGCGGUGAUGCCGAGGAGGAGGGCCUUCAGCGAGCCAGGAGCAUCAAUCUUGGAAAUGGUCAUGCGCGACGUAUCAGCGCCGGCAGCGCCCGAUUGUUGUCCAUGUCACCUCGAUCGUCGGUUGACGCAAGGCGGACGAGCUUGGCAAUAGGAACCGAUGGCUCUGGAAAGACCCAAUGA